AUGUCUGGCUAUGAGGAAACUCAUGAUUCAGCAGCACCUCUCUUUUUUCUCGAUUCAUGUGGCGAAAGACCACGCCACGAACCUCUGAAAGCCAACACGCGAUUUAACUAUCGCCCACCGAGCGACCGUGAACCCGACAGUAGUGAGGACGAGGUCGUGUUCAGCGGGAGACUAAAUCAGAACACGCGAAAUAACAAGGUCAGCGCAACAUCUCGUGACCAGCCACAGGCUACAUUCUCGCGAAUAGCCGUGCAAGUUGUGGAAGAGGACAUACAAUUCUCCUUGCCAACACAGACAGAGAGCACUUCAAUUGCUACCGAUCCGCGAGAUCCCGAGAACCUCCAAGAUUCAUACAUCGGUUUAUCGUCGAAGAGACAGCCCAGAAACAAGCGAAAGGGAAAGAAGAGCCAAAAACCCAUCAAGAAAUCUAUAUGGGACGAUGACAGUGUCUUCGCCGACUAUGUCAAAAACGUGGCUCGCAACGCAAAGACUACCUACUCGUCGAGCGAGGAUGAUGACGGCGAGCAAAUCGAUGAUGUCUUUGAAGACGAAUUUCGUUUAACCAAGGAAGAGAAAGCCAAAUUUCGCACCUUAUCGACGCUCGAUAUUGUCGACGAAAGCUCAAUGCUUGAAGAGAUUGUUAAUGACAUCUCUGACGAGGAAGACGAUGACGAUGAUUCUUCGGACGACACAGAUGACUCGUCCAUGCUUGACGAUAUUAUAUCACAGAUCCGUCAUGGAUCAUCGCUCAAAGAACUCGAGGCACACUGGGCAAAUGACGACAUGUCGCUGGAUCUCUUUGAAGGCGAGCGCGAGGUUGAUUUUGAAAUCGUGGAUAUGCAGCAGGAUGGUCCUCUGAAGAAGAAGAACAAGAAGAGGAAAGGAAAGCGUCAGAUGGACUUUGGUCUUAGCGACAGUGAUCUCGAGCUUCAGAUUGAAAAUGCAUGGGAGAAAGACCGGGACAGAAAGGCGGCCAAGAAACGCGAAAGAGAGAAGCUUCGUGCAGAUGGUUUACUUGGGAAGAACAAGAAGACACUCGACCGCAGAGGCAAGGAUAAAUCUGGGGUUGGCAUUGAGGGAUUGAAGGUAGAGCUGAAGGCUUUCCUUCAGUCACAAUCAGAUAGCCUUGAUCUGCCUCCCAUGAAGAAGCACCACCGCAGAGUGGUACAUGAAUUGGCCAAUGCGUUGGCGCUCAAAUCCCAGUCUCGAGGCAAGGGCAAUGCUCGAUUCCCCGUCCUGUACAAAACAGGCCGGACGCCAAACUUCAAUGGCAAGCACAGUACCAAACUUGACAAAAUCCUGGCCCAGCCACGGUUCAAUCUGCGCCAGAGCACUCGCAUUAGUGUCAGCGAACGAGCUUCUCCGGGACCGAAGAAUACCCGCCGACGCCAGACGACGAAUAUGGGUGCAUCCUACCUUGAAGGCGAGGUGGUUGGAGGUUCCGCACCCGAGAUUGGAGCAGGCAACAAGGGCAGAGCCAUGCUGGAGAAGAUGGGAUGGAGCUCAGGAACAGCAUUGGGUGCCCUCAACAACAAGGGUAUCUUGCAACCUGUCGCCCACGUUGUCAAGAAUACCCGUGCUGGACUGGGUUAA